AUGCUCACCAACACCUUUGAAAUUAAUUGUAAUACAUCAUCGGGACAUGACGAUAAUAUAUCAUUUGAGUUGUGGAAAAUUAGUGGAGAAUUGACACGGUUACAUCAGCUAGUGCAAGGAGAGUUGAACAAGCAAAGAAUUUUGAUACCCUAUGCGCUGCUUGUUCCGAACGAAUUAUAUUUGUUUUUCUUUCUUAGGCAUCACUUAUCGCGAAAAGAAAAGAUUCAGUCAAUAAUUAAUGAUAAUAAUUUAGAUGUUAAAAUCGAGAAAAAGAGUUUUUCUGAUUUUUCAAGUUUACCAGAGGAUGAAACCAAACUUUUAACUGUUGCGACAAAAAACUGGAUUCAAAAUACUUUAAUUUUGGAGCAUUCAUAUUCAUGCCAAGGAAAUUUUAUUUUUCUUGCAGGUAGUGAAAAGACCGUUACCUCUGACAAUUCAAGCUUAAUAUCAAUUACAGGGUUUUCUGUUACUUGUAUAGUUCACAACAAUUUCACAUUGAAAGUAUUUAUUAAUGUAAAAAAGAAGAUGUUCAAAAAGCUAAACUCGGAAGACACAAUUUCAAGAAUAUCUUCCAAAAGCCAAAAAACGCCGUUUUGGGUGUACACUCCAUUUAGGGGCCUUCCUGCACGAUUGACCACAAAAGACAAAACUUCGUCUAGUGACGAAUACAAUGCAAAAACUCAAGCAACAGUUCUAAUAGAAGGAACACCAAUAUCUUUCACUUGUGACGAAUAUCUACUUGCUAUUGAAAAUAAUGAUCAGAACCUAGAGAAGUAUUUUCCUUCUUACAGAAAUACACCUCGCCAAAAUCCACCUAGGUCCAAAUUACAACAAAAAAACAAGAUUCAAUCAGGCAACACACCUAACAACUCUGCCAAAAACACCAAGCGAGCAUCAAAUGCUGAAGCUUCCUCCAAUGGAAAGGCUGCUUCCACUAAAAAACAAAAAACAGAGGUUGUUUUACCGGCCUAUGCUUACACAAGAAAAGAAAAAAAGGAACAUACACCAAUGUUGACAGCAUCACCAACACUUCUCAAUCUGUCAAUGGUCGAUGUAAAGAAAGAGGAUACUGCGACUGUCGCAAUGCCACCACCAUCCGUUCCUCAAUCUUUACUAACUGUUGACCAAGAAGCUAUUCCAAUGGAAGCUAAUUUUGUAGCUCAAAAAUCAGAAAGCCAACUCGAAGACCAAGCAGCAAAAGAGCUGACAGCAGAUCAGUUCAAUCAACUUCUGGACUCGUUUGAUUGGAACGAACCGAAUGAUAAUCUACAACCUCCUACUACUUUGGAAACUUUACCAUCUAGUACAACUAUUGAAACAGUACAAUCUGAAACGACACCUACGAACACGGUCAUGCCAUCUCCGUCGUUAGAGCAACCGCAAACAACCCCAGUAACAAGCACUAAAUCUCAUCAAGAUGAAAUCAACGAAUUUAAACAAUUAUUGGAUCAGAGAGAAGCACAACGUAGAUCUAUUCAAGACAUGCAGAUUGCAUUUAAAGAAGAAAAUUUAGUAUAUGAGCCACAAACCAAAAUGCUUUCAGCAGCACCCAAUUUUUUAAGCAAUUUUAUUGAUCUGAAAGAUGAAAAACCAUCAGUCAAGUCAGAAAUAUUCGCAAAUGACUUUAUUUCAUACUACAGCACUCCAUCUUAUACAUUAUGCACCACUGAUGAGAUGGAAUAUCCAAGAAAAACAAAUUUUUGUCCUCCAACAAGCUCAAUGGAACAAUUCUCAUUAUUGACACAAAUGCCAAAAGAGAAACGGCAAAAAAGAGAAAAGAAAAACAAGAAAAAGAAUGCUAAAAAAGAAGAAAUUAAGGAGAUUGCAGAGACUGCUCUAACAACCACCGUUGAAGAGGUGUAUGACGAAGAAAUUACGAAUUUUGAUUUUGCACAUUCUGACGUUUCAGAACUAAUAGACAUUGUAUCAAACACAGAUUCAAGCAUCACCAUCUCUGAUAUCUUGAAACAGGCUCUUUAUUAUAUAUCGGAUGAUAAUGCUGGUCCUGUUAAAAAGGGAGAAUUACUUUCAUUUAUGUUGGAUGGUUGCUGGAAAGGCUACGACUUUCAGUCAAACCAGCAAUCUUCUAUCGAGGUUUCAAACACACUAUUGGAGUCUAUUCAAAUUGUGUCUAGAUACUGGUAUCAAUCAGAAUCCUCUCUUCCACAUAUAACGAACGAUGAAGUAAUUUCUGUACUGUUUAAGAUAUCAGAACUGUUAACUAAAACAGAAGGAGAGGAAAAUAUUAAGGGGCCAGUGAAUAUGGAACACUCUUAUUUCCAACCACUAGAAACACCAACAAUACGUGUUGGGUAUAUGGAGCAAUGGCUUGACUCUCAUCCUGAAAUCAUCAAUGAAUGGGAAAAAUCGCUUCUUGAGCCAUAUGCACCUCCCAAAAAGAUAAAUUAUUGUGUGAUUGGUGUCGAACCAUCAGCAUUUAACACCAAUGACGGACUAUUCUCAGAUUUGAAUGGCUUUUUUGAAAAUUUAAGCUCCAUUUACGAGAUGUGUAAGCUUGGAAUUCAUUUACCAAUUCACAAUGAAUUAGUUUCAGAAGGUAUCAUUCCAAUCACAUACAAUAGAUAUUUCCAACCAAGUACAUCCACCAAUAUCAAAUCUCAAAAAUCUCAAAUGGAAGAAUUUAUUGAGCAAUUCCAAAAGGCAGCAAAAAGAGCAGAGCAAGGAAUAAUUUCUUUUUACAACAAUAAUCCUAAAGAUGAAAACGUAUUUAUCUAUGUCGUUUUCCCUUUUCAUCUGGCCGAAAAGAUGGAAGAAGCCACAUCCAUACCAAUGAGUAGCAUGCUUUAUCAUAUUUUUGGCAAUAUUUUAGAUCAUUUACAAUUGAAUAUCAGUCAAGAAAGUGAUGUCAUGCCAUUCAUCCAUUUCAUUGAUCAAAAAAUAGUGGAUGAGCCAUAUUUAAACUAUCCUUUAGCCACUCUCAAACAAAUAUCCUUGUCCGUUUACAACAAGUGUAGAAGACAACAAAAACGAUGGAACAAUCUUUCAGGCUAUUUUUCGCUUCUUCACGAACCUGCAUUUGUGCUUACCCCAAUUGAGGUCGCUCCAGAUACCAGUCGAAACAACCGAUCACCUUUCUCAGAAAUUCAACAACAAAAGCUUACUCUUCACUGUGCAUACAGCAUUACUGAAGAAACCAAUGGCGAAUUUUUUGUCACUGUUGUAUGGUCCGACUAUUCUGGAAAUUUACUCGAAUCUACAAUUAUUGAUAGCACCAAUGUUAUGGCUGACGAUGGAAGAAGGAUGGAAGCUGUGAUUCAAAAAAUUCAUGAGCAAAGCACCAUUUACAUGACAAGCCUAAAUUCUAGUAGCCAUCACAUUGAAUUUUCUUGGGAGUAUACUGUUUGUAAGGUUGCUCCAACAGAGAAUCAUCAAGUUGUGUCAAUGUCAGAUGAAGAGCUUGCUGCAUGGGGAAAAAUUAAGGAAUCAGGCCAUAAUGGGGCCAUGUACCUGGUGUCUCUUAACGAUAAUCCAACAUUACAAUUUUUCAAGAAUAGACCAUCUGAAGGACUUGACACAUCACACACCGGCGUAAUGUCAUAUAUGCAUGUUCACGAAGAAUAUGGCUAUAUUAUUUCAUCAACAGAGGAAAGACCACAGGAUUUAUUGCAGGAUGGAAGACGACAGGAUAUUUGUAAUAACAAGAGCGUGAUUGAAAUUAAGUUGUUUGUUAAAGGUACUGAGAAAUGUUUGCACAUUGGUAAUAUCAGACAUAUUUGCAAACAGUUUUAUAACCUGAGCUGGCUGUCUGUGUCACCAUUGCAUCCAAGUCGAUACACAGUGCUUCCUGUUCAUGUGCAACUUUUGCGAAACAUUAACACUAAUUUGAAUCGAUAUGUCCAAUACGUUGCAAACAAGAAUUAG